CGCUUCCUUCCCCAAUUCCCACGAACAGAUACAGGAGCGGCGGCGCGAGGGCAUGGCGAGCCACAGCCAGCCGCCGGCGCAGGAGUUCACCAGGGCCAUCGCCGACGCGGCCGCCGCCGGUGAGGAGCAGGAGCUAGUACCCAGUCCCAGUGCGGGGCACGGCGCCGCAUCACAGCCACAGAGACAGUGGGUCACGCCGCCGGCACCGCCGGCCGCCGCAGUUGUUGAUGCCGCGGAGGGGAGCGUACCUCCAGUGCAGCAAUUUGCUCCAACAACCUCAAUCUCUAAGCCUAAGGCAGUACAGAAUUCAAAACUCAAGAGGAAGAGCAUCGCCAUUGAUUUGAAAACUUUAUGGAGUAGAGCUGGGAAGAAAUCUAGAGCAUGUGCAGGGGCUCUAGUGAACACAAGUCCAAUUGCAGAACAUGUUCAGGUUGAGCAGCAAGUGCAGGUGCAGAACACUUCCCCAUCGAAUCAACUUCAUAGCACUAUGAGCUCCCCUUCAGUUCAAAAUCAGCAGCAGCUACAGAUUGUUGGUGCCACGAACACAAGUCCAAUUGCAGAACCUGAGAUUGAGCACGAAGCAAGCGAAGAAUCUGAAAAUAUAGAGGAAGAGAAUGACACUGAAGAUGCAGUUUACGAUGUUCAGCUGCUUGAACCUGAUCCUGGGAAGAGGAUUGCUAUUGCAGAUUAUGAUGUUAAUGACCAGAACAGGAUUAGAAGAGGAUACAUUGCAAAAGGGGCUUGUCGACCAAAAAAGUAUGCUUUUCCACAACACCCUGUUGUAGGUAUACGUCGAUUUGUAGCUAAAUGGUUCAAGUCUUAUAAAUGGCUUGAGUAUAGUAAAGAACUAGAUGCUGCUUUCUGCUUUGUAUGUUGUCUUUUCAAGGAUAAUUCACAUGUUGGUGGGGAUUGCUUUGUGAAUGGAGGAUUUAGAAAUUGGAAUCACAAGGCUAGUUUUGGGAAACAUGUUGGUUGGAUCAAUAGUGCACACAACAAAGCACAAGAGAAAUACAAUUUCUUCAUUGCACCCAAAACAACAAUCGUAGAGUCAUUUUCUUCAACCACCAAACAAGACAAGGUUCUAUAUAUAGCUCGCUUGACAUAUUCUCUUAAAUGCCUGAGGUUUCUUUUGGGUUAAGGGUUAGCUUUUCGUGGACAUGAUGAAAGAGAAGUUUCACUUAAUAAAGGUAAUUUCCUUGAGCUUCUACAUUGGCUAGCAGAGAAUUUUGAAGAAGUGAAUAAGGUGGUUCUUAAGAAUGCUCCAAAGAACAACAAAAUGAUAGCUCAUGAAAUACAAACAGACCUCAUCAACUCUUGUGCCAAAGAAACUACUAGGCUUAUGAUGGAAGAGCUAGGUGAUAGUUGUUUCUCAAUACUUGCCGAUGAAUCAAGUGAUGUGUAUCUACAAGAACAAUUGGCUCUUUGUCUGCGUUAUGUUGAUAAAAUCGGAAGGGUGGUUGAGAGGUUUCUUGGUAUUUUACAUGUUGCAAACACCACAUCUUUGACACUCAAAACAGCAAUUGAGAGUUUGCUUAUGGAACAUGGUUUGACCUUCUCUAGAGUACGUGGGCAAGUGUACGAUGGUGCUAGCAACAUGAAGGGUCAUGUCAAUGGUCUAAAGAAACUAAUUAUGGAUGAGUCCCCUUCUGCCUAUUAUGUGCAUUGUUUUGCUCAUCAACUUCAGUUAUCUCUAGUUGCUGUUGCUAAGGAGAACCGUGAUUGUGUUUUGUUCUUUCAACAACUUGCUAAUCUAUUGAAUGUUCUUG